AUGGGUUGCAUGCUCCACGACCCCUCUCAAAAGUACAAGCCGUACGUUCCGCUGAAGCUGGAGAACCGGCAAUGGCCUUCGGCGACGUUCGGAACCAAGCCUCCAGUCUGGCUGUCAACCGACUUGCGCGACGGCAACCAGGCGCUGGCGAACCCGAUGACGAUCGAGCAAAAGACGACGUUCUUCGAGCUCCUGCUCGAGUGCGGCUUCAAGGAGAUCGAGAUCGCGUACCCGGCCGCGAGCGACACCGACUUCAACUUUGUACGCGGCCUGAUUGAGCGCAACGCCAUCCCGGACGACGUGUGGAUCCAGGUUUUGACGCCCGCGCGUGAGGACUUGAUCAAGCGCACGAUCGACGCCGUCGCUGGGUGCAAACAUGCCAUCAUUCACAUGUACAACGCGACCUCGCCCUUAUUCCGUUCUGUGGUGUUCAAGAACUCGAAAGAGCAGACUGUAGCGCUCGCAAUUCAGCACACCGAGAUCGUGCGAAAACUCACGGACGAGGUCACAAAAACGCAUGGGACGCAGUUCCGCUUCGAGUACAGCCCGGAGACGUUCUCUCAGACUGAACCAGACUUCGCGCUUGAGGUCUGUGAGGCGGUCAAGAAGGCUUGGGGAAAGGCUGGACCGGAGCAUCUGGAGAAGAUCAUCUUCAACUUGCCAGCCACCGUCGAGGUCGCUCCGCCAAACCACUUUGCUGACUUGGUUGAGCUCUUCCACACUCGUAUCACCGAGCGCGAAAAGGUCUUGAUCAGCUUACAUCCUCACAACGACAGAGGAACGGGCAUCGCUGCCGCUGAACUCGGCUUCCUCGCAGGCGCUGACCGCAUCGAGGGCUGCUUGUUCGGAAACGGCGAGCGCACGGGAAACGUUGACCUCGUCAAUCUCGCUCUGAAUUGGUACACCCAGGGCGUCCACCCCAACCUUGAUUUCAGCGACCUCCAACACGUCAUCGACGUUGUAACACAAUGUAACGAUCUCCCCGUUCACCCUCGCCACCCAUACGCCGGCGAGCUCGUCUAUACCGCCUUCUCCGGCUCGCACCAAGACGCGAUCAAGAAGGGCUUCGAGGCGCAAGCCAAACGCAACGCCGAGGAGAAAGCGCGCGGAGAGAACGAGAUCUGGGACUUGCCAUACUUGCCCAUCGACCCCGCCGACCUCGGCCAGAACUACGAGGCCGUCAUCCGCGUCAACUCUCAAUCAGGCAAGGGCGGUAUCGCGUACCUCAUCAAGCAGAACCUGCACCUCGAUGUACCCCGCAAGAUGCAAGUCGCGUUUUACCAGGUCGUACAGGCCAUCUCGGAUCGCGAGGCGCGCGAGAUGACCGUCGAGGAUAUCACAAACGCGUUCCGCGAGACGUACCACUUUGGCGGCGGCAAGUACGAGGGGCGUCUGGCUCUGCGCUCGUUCCGCAUCACGUCGGUUCCUGCAACGGACGUCGAUGGCGAGGCGGACGAUAUCCGUCAGUUCGACGGCACAGUCGUUGUCGACGGCGUAGUUCGUGUCAUCCGCGGUGAUGGCAAUGGACCCCUGUCGGCUCUGCUCGCUGCCCUGCGCACGCACCUGGACAUCAACCUCGCCCUACGCGAGUACUCCGAGCAUGCCAUCGACACUGCAGGCGACGCCGAGGACUCGCGCGCGGCGUCGUACAUCGAGCUCGUACCUGCCGACGAUCGCAAGUCCAGCACAUCCUGGUGGGGUGUCGGUGUCGACCGCGACAUCGCCGGCUCCGGCCUACGCGCCGUCCUCUCCGCCGCAAACGCACACAUCGGUGAUCGCCCUUUGCCCGAGCUUAAGCUCAGCUUUGGCCUCGGCGUGCGCUCAGGCCAGGGCGACGUCGCGAGUGCGCUGCAGCAUGCCAUGGAGCUCGAGCUCCCUCGCCGCCUGCAGACAGCCUUCUUCGAAGUCGUACAACGCGUCGCACGCGAUUCGGGCGACGAGAUCCCCGUCGAUGCGCUGCCGAAGCUGUUCAAGGACACCUACGGGUACGACACCAUCCUCGAGACUGGCCCCGUCGUCCUGCGCUCGUUCGAGCUCGAGCAUCUGGUGGACAAGCGCGUGAAGAUCACGGGCGAGUUCACGUUUGACGGGAAAGAGCAGAAGAUCUCGGGAGAGGGCAACGGCCCGCUUUCGUCUGUACUUGCGUGUCUGCAUCAGGCUAUUGCGGGGUCGCUCGCUGUGCGCGAGUACUCUGAGCAUGCGCUGGGUGUUGGAUCAGACGUCGGCGCUGUAUCGUACGUCGAGCUCACGUAUGAGGUCGAUGGGAAGAAGAGCGCUGCGUGGGGUGUCAGCUCGGAUGAAGAUAUCGCGGCUAGUGGUCUAAGGGCUGUUAUGGCUGCCGCGAGCAGGGUUGGCGUUGUGUGGAAACAAAACUGA